UGGUAGAGGAAUUACUACAGUGCGAACUCCAUCCUAUGAGCAGUUCGGUUCUUUCGCAGAUGAAGGUUUUGGACCUGAGCAAUCAACGGCUCAAGGACCUUGCGGACGUGCGCUUCGCAACCCUGUUUCCCCACUUGCGGAAGCUCGUGCUCGACGGAAAUUCUUCACUUACAGAGGUACCUACUACUGCUUAAACAUGAAGAAUGACGCUCCUGAUUUUUCUUCACCCAUAAGAUACAUUUACGCACUUCCACUCAUAUCAACGAUUUCCUCGUUACCACAAUCAUGCGUACUUCCACUCAUAUUAUAUUUAACGAUAUCUUCGACUUCGUUACCACAAGUUCCUGUGAAAUUGAAACUGACAGGUAAAUUUUUCAUUAGAAGCCUUGCAGCGAGGCUUCAAUUUAAUCUAUUCCGCGCCUCUGCAAAAACUCGUGAAGCUAUGUUUGAACGGCUGUGCUCGAUUGCACCCUUCUCGUUUGGAUCUCGGUGGCGUGCCUGGUCUAGAGACGCUUGAGCUCUCGAAUAUGGGCCUCACGGAUCUUUCCUUCGUACCAGACUCCCUAGGACAGCAGCGGAAUUUGAAGAUCCUGCGUCUGGGCAAAAACGAGUUCCAGUCUAUCCCUGACGGCUGUUUUGCGCAUUUGAAGGCACUCCAGUUCCUGGAUAUGUUAAGGCUUCCCCUCAUCCAUCUCCAGAAGCAUCCUGAAGCUCUCUCACAUGGAUCAGGGUGCGUCUCAGGAUGGAUUAGGGUGAGCUCUAAGUAUGAGCCAGAACAAACUGCGCGUGAUCGAACCUGACAAGGCAUUCUUAGGCCUUACAGAAUUGCGAGAGCUCCAUCUCGAGGAGAACAGGCUACCUGCUUUCGGACAAAGCGACGCAAUUCUUACGGCUCUGUUUACUCGUUGAGCUAUUAUAUGAUCAUCCAUGAUGAUCAAUUGCCAUUUCAUCUAUGUAACUUCUACAUGUACUAGUAGUGUUUGAUUUCCUAGCAAGAAGCUGGAAGGCGAUGGUAAUUAGUUAGAACCCACUACGUCGACAAUUCGGUAUCAUUUCCCUUUUAACUUUUACUCUAGCAACAUGGUAGCUCUAACCCAAAAACGCAGGGUUAUAUUGUGACGAAGAAUGGCGUGAUCAACUAUUUUGCGGAGGACAAGCAUGGCGUGAGCCCCAAUGGGUCACCCAGUCGUCGACACACCUGGUUUCGCACUGUGCGGCUCAAAGUUCUCAAUCUGGCCUUCAACCGCAUUCAGGAGCUGCGGGACGUUGGCCGCAUCUCCGAGCUGCGCGGUCUGCACACGGUUUUUAUGGUCCUGCGUCUGCGAGGGAACUAGUACUAGUACAAGGAUAAAGAAUGUAGGCCUAAUAGUUAUAUCAGCGAGUUUGAUGUACGUGAACAACUCGUACAUCAAUGUAGUGGAGGUAUAGUCGCGACAAUAGCAAAGAGAUUUUGAAGAUGGCCGUUUAUCAGAGAGGUCGUACAACAACUCGUAAGCUUCGGCUUCUUAGGGUUAAGCAACAGCUCGUAAGGUUCUAAUCUUUCCUUGGUGAACAACCCGUUUUCUCGGAAGAAUUGGUACCGGUACCAGCUGAUCAACCAUUGCCCGAACUUGCGGGCUAUCGACUCUGUGCCAAUCACACAGGAGGAGACGGAACGCGUGGCCGCUUUGGUGCGACAGCACUUGGAGAAUAACCCUACUGCCGCAAUGGCAGUCGUAACCGUAGACGCCUUGCUGGAGCAACCAGGUGGCGGUCUACCGCAGAACAGACAACAGCAGCUCCAGCAGCAGAUCGCGGAGCACGCGCGCCAGGCAGCAGGGAUGGAGCAACAAGGAGGAGGGUCAAUUAAGGCUAGAGACAAUCUAUCUUAAUCUUUAUGUUUUUUUUUUAUGGAGCAACAAGGAGGAGGGUCAAUCAUGGCUAGAGACAAUCUAUCUUAAUCUUUAUGUUUUUUUUUAUGGAGCAACAAGGAGGAGGGUCAAUUAAGGGCAGAGACAAUUUCAUCUUUUAGACUCUAUCAAUCUUGUAGCCCGAGCCAUUUCAACUCAAAGUUGUCGAGUCUAUGGCUUGCUCGUAUCUUCACUUCUAACUUAAGCGGAGGUAG